UUACAGCGUCGGCAAUCCACGGUUAUCGAGCUUUCCGACUUUCAGCUUCUGCGUACACUCGGCACCGGCUCUUUUGGACGCGUUCGUCUGUGCCGCUCUAUACACAACAAUCGAUACUACGCUGUUAAAAUCAUGAACAAAGCCGAGCUCUUCUACCUGAAGCAAAUGAGACACACCAACUCGGAACGCCAAACGUUGAUGCAGAUCGUCCAUCCGUUCAUAGUCAACUUAUGGGGAACAUUUCAGGACACGAAUUAUCUGUAUAUGGUGAUGGACUUUAUUCCCGGUGGCGAGUUAUUCUCUAUGUUGAAGAGUAAAAAUUGCUUAAAGCCACACGAGGCUAAGUUUUAUGCGGCGGAGACAUUACUUACUCUCGGUUACCUACACAGCUGCAACAUCGUUUAUCGAGAUCUGAAGCCGGAGAAUAUCUUGCUAGAUCGAGAAGGGCACAUCAAGUUGACGGAUUUUGGAUUUGCUAAACGCGUGCCUGAUCGAACAUAUACAAUAUGUGGAACAGCCGACUACUUGGCGCCCGAAGUGAUCAGGUCGAAUGGUUAUAACAAGACGGCUGACUAUUGGGCGUUUGGUAUCUUUAUCUUUGAGAUGAUGGCAGGAUACACACCAUUUCAAGAUGAGGAUACUUUGAGAGGCUACGAAAAGAUCUUGCGCUGCAAUAUCAAGUACCCCUUGCAAUUUGACAAACAAGUGCGAGACCUGCUCAUGCGCUUGCUGACGACCAACAUCAGCAGCCGAUUGGGAAGUCGGGCUCGCGGCUGUCUUGACAUUAUGGAACAUCCAUGGUUUGCAACUGUAGACUUUGAACUACUAGCGCACCGCAAGAUACAGCCGCCCUAUAUACCCAAAUUUAAGGAAGGUGGUAAGGAGGAUGACACAAGCUGUUAUGACGUUUAUGAUGAG